CACCCACCCACCCACCCACCCAAAGGUAAAAAAACCCCACACAAACACUCACCGGCCAUUUCAUCUCAACAGUUGUCAAUCUAGGGUUUACUAUCUUCUUUCACCACUGUUUCCGAUGCUUGAAUUGAAUGACUCCUCCUAAUCUACUUCAAUCUCCUGCUUUUCAAUGAUGGAGAGUCAAAAUUCGGUAGCUGAAAGUCAAAAUUCGGAUACGAUUCAACCGAUUGCCGAUGGUUUAAACACGGUGGAUGCUGCUGUCGUUGUUGCCGGUGGUUUGACGGUGGCGGAGGAAGGUAGCGGUGGAAAGGAGGCGGUGAAGCGGAAGCGAGGGCGGCCGCCUAAGGCUCACGUUAAGAAGGUUGCUAAACCUGCGCCGGUUAAGAAGGUGAAGGAAGUGGUGGAGGAUGAGGAUGUUUGUUUUAUUUGCUUUGACGGUGGGAGUCUCGUGCUUUGUGAUCACCGGGGAUGUCCAAAGGCGUAUCAUCCAGCUUGUAUUCGACGGGAUGCGGAGUUUUUCGAAUCUGCGGUGAAAUGGAAUUGUGGUUGGCAUAUAUGUAGCAUAUGCCAGAAGACAGCACAUCAUAUGUGCUAUACUUGUACAUAUUCAUUGUGCAAAGGUUGUAUUAGAAAAGCUGAUUAUGUGUGUGUCAGAGGUGAUAAAGGCUUUUGCACUAUAUGCAUGAAAACCAUCAUGCUGAUUGAAAAUAAUGGUCAGGGUGAGGACGGAAAGGUUCAAGCUGAUUUUGACGAUAAACUUAGUUGGGAGUAUCUUUUUAAGGUGUAUUGGGUCUACUUAAAAGGAAAGUUAUCGUUAACUCUAGAUGAGCUUACGCAAGCUAAAAACCCGUGGAAAGAAGCUACUACUACAGUUCCUUCAAUUGAUGUACAUAAUAUAACCAAUGUUUCGUGUAGCAUGACAUCAUCAACAUCCAUCGGUGAUGUGGAAGAAGCAAAUGAAUCAAAACGAAGAAAAAUAGAUGAGCCGGUGGUUAAUAUACAAAAAGAAACUGUAAAUAUGGAAAAAACCGAAAAAACUACAGUUGGGUGUGAGGAGUGGGCGAGCAAAGAGCUAUUGGAUUUCGUUGCACAUAUGAAGAACGGAGAUACAGCUGUAUUAUCGCGGUUUGAUGUCCACGCCCUUAUGAUAGACUACAUAAACAAAAAUAAUCUCGGUGAUCCUAAAAAUAAAAAUAAAAUCAUAUGUGACUCGAGGUUAAAAAGUCUCUUUGGAAAACCACGAGUUGGUCAUAUCCAAAUGUUGAAGCUUCUAGAACACCAUUUUGCAGUACAGAAGGAUUCUAAGAAGAGACGGGUGUCACGGGUCAACCGUACUGCAGUACAGGUCAACCGUACUGCGGUACAGAUUGACCCUGAUUGGAAUAGUGGUAAAAUGGUGACAGUGGGUAAAGAUAAAAAACGUAAAAAUCGUAGUAAAGCUGAAGAGUGUGCAGUACAUAAUAAACUGGAUGAAUUUGCUGCGGUUGAUGUUUACAACAUGAAUUUAAUAUAUUUACGGCGUGAUUUGAUGGAAAAUCUUUUGGAAGAUGGUGAUAGUUUUCAUGCUAAAGUGGUUGGGUCAAUUGUGAGGAUACGAAUAUCUGGUUGUGAUUUAAAGCAUGAUAUGUACAGACUUGUACAAGUUAUAGGUACAAGUAAGGUGGAUGUACCAUAUACGGUUAACUGCAAAUUAACAGACAUUAUGCUUGAAGUGUUGAAUUUAGACAAGAAGGAGACUAUAUCUAUCGAUGCAGUUUCAGAUCAAGAGUUUUCUGAGGAAGAAUGCAGACGCCUGCAACGAAGUAUAAGAUGUGGGCUUGUAAAACACUUUACAGUUGGUGAAAUACAAGAAAAGGCGGUGGCGCUGCAGUCAGUAAAGUUAAACGAUUGGAUGGAAAAGGAAAUAUUGCGGCUCACUCAUCUUCGCGACACGGCUAGUGAAAAAGGGCAUAAGAAGGGUUAUAAAGAAUGCGUGGAGAAACUCCAACUUCUGAAGACGCCCGAUGAGCGAGAACGCAGAUUAAACAAAAUUCCGCAGGUUCAUUCUGAUCCAAAAAUGAAUCCAGAUUAUGAAUCAGAUGAUACCGAGGAGUAUUUCAACAAAGAACAUGGAGAUCAAAUGGAGUCAAUAUAUUCAGGCAAGAAUUUACGCCGAUCACGAAAAGAUGAAAGACCCGUGAGCCAAACCGUCACAACUAAUUUCUCCAAACCAGAUGUUGAAACCGGAUCAACAAUGCAAAUUGAAAAAGACUCAUCGGAGAAAUCACAACAUGAAGUUGAUUGUAACGGUUCAACAAUCACCAAACUGGAUCACCAAACCACCACAUUAAGCUCAUCUGUAUCCGACAGUGCACCAGAAACAAUACCUUCGUUUUCUAGCGACACAGUGUGGCAUUACCGGGAUCCAAACGGAAAAGUUCAAGGCCCGUUUUCUCUCGUACUGCUUCAGAGAUGGAAUACAAGCGGAUACUUCCCGCCAGAUAUGCGGAUAUGGGCUACCCAUGAAGACAAAUCAUUACUUUUGACCGAUGUACUGAAACCACAUCUUCACAACUAUGCGAAUACAACUGUCGCCGACAAGGUUGUUAAUCAAACCGACUCUUUCAACGCAUCAACGGUUGAUGUGACUGGUCAAUCAUUUGGACAGAGCUGGAGCGCUAAUAAUAACGAUGAUAAUAAUAACUUGAAUUAUAAUCCUCCAAGUGUCGAGUCAACUGUACAUCCCGAUACCUCAAAUAUAUCUACUCAAGAAACGGUGAAAAUCGAAGCUGAUAUUAAGCAUGCGCCUACAGCGCCAGCUGUCAUUGAUUUGCCGGGCCCUACACCAAAGAAGAUGCAAUCUGAGUUGGAUUCAAAAGUAUCGGUGCAGGAUUCAGGGAACAACAACCCGCUUAGCUGUAGUGCUUCAAGUCUAGUAGUUGGUGAGGCCAGACUUCCAGUUUCUGGUAAUUCUAUUCCGGUCAAACGUGAAGAAUGGGACUCGGGGAUUGUGUUAGAGGUGGCUGGAGAUCAUGUUGCUACACCAACUUCCAACAUAGACCAAAAUGUUAAUCCAUCACAUCAGCCUACGUGUAACGAUUUUACGACGUGGCAUGAUGGGGAAAUGAUCGAGUUUAGCACGUUGGCGGAGGAAUCGGUUUCAGAUCUUUUGGCUGAAGUUGACGCUAUGGAGUCGCAAUACGGAUUGCCGUCCCCGACUUCUAGAAGAAACAGUUUUGUCGAUGAUUUGUUUAACGACUCGUUUGAUGAGUUUAGUCCCACCCCUGAUCAAGGUACACGAAGUGACGGAUUUAGCUCUAGCGGUGAUAUACAAUUGGCAUGUCAAUCCACCACUACCACUACCACCCUAGAUGAACAUAGUAUUGUCUUUGAUUUCAUGAAAACAUCCAAUGGCUUACAACAACACUCGUUUAUCAGACCUGAAAUGAACGCGCAGACGAUUGAUGUUUCUCAGAGCAUGAGUUUUAAGUGGCCGGAAGUGGAACGUGUACCACAGAGAAUGAUCGACAUAAAUACAUCUGCUAAGGCCGAAGGCGACGAGGGGGAUAUUGAAACAAAAACCGGUGAUGUGGACCCACAGGGUGAAAUGAAGUCAGGUGAACAUGCUAAAGAGAUGCAAGCACCAAAGCCGAUCGGUAUUGGUGCGAAGUUAGUGACGAGAGUUGCUCAGAUCAAAUGGUUGGAAGGGACAACCAAUAACCGGAGAGCAGGCGGUGCUCCCAAUAAGCAUGACAAUGCCGAAUUUAUCCCGCCACAGCCACAACCACAACCACAACCACCACAGCCGUCAUUGCCACCGUUGACUUUAGGGUUGGACCCAUAUGAUCCGUGUGACUUGGGAUCCGAAACAACGCGGCAGUAUGGUGGUGAGAGAGAUAACAGUACUAAUAGUCCACGGGACAAACGUCAUCAAGUUGAGGAAUCAGGGUAUAGCAGCAGUAGGAGUUCAUGGAACAAGCAUUCAUCAUUGGGCGGCAACAGUAGUGGUGGUGGCGGUGGGGGUUAUUCAAGGCCGCCACCAGCCAAAGCGCAGCGCCUGUGUAGAUUUUAUGAGAGUGGGAGGUGCAAGAAGGGAGCGUCCUGCAAGUAUCUGCACCCAUCACCAUGAAACUGAAGAGGGUGGUUUGUUGAUCCUUUUUUUUGUAUAUCAAUUAAAUAUUAUGAUAUAUAAGGCGUGUUAAACAGGUGAAGCAACGUGUUAGUUUAAUGAAAUUGGUCUAGAUGAAAUGAAGUUAGGAAUAUUGGAUUUUAUUAACCCUAA